GGCGGCUGCCGCGAGGUUUUCUGAGUGGAGCAACUGGAGCGUUUUUAGAGCCUGCUGCUCCGAGGAUAAAUUCUCUUUAGUGAAAGGGCCGCAGGCAUGUCGGGGAAGGGAGCGGCUGAUUGAUUCGGUGCUUUAAUAAUGAGACCGUUCAGACAAGGGGCGGGCUGCGGAAUGGGGGGAUUUUAUUCAUGAUUUAACUGCUGUACUGAACGAAGUCAGUGGGGGCUGAAUUCGUCUGCAUUACCCCGGGGUGCAACUUCUGCACGAGGUUGCCAUGGCUCAGAGCCUGAAGGACUUUGCUGGCCGCCUGCCUACUGGCCCGCGUGGGAUGAGCACUGCUUUAAAGUUGCUCUUGGGUGCUGGAGCUGCAGCCUAUGGAAUCCGGGAGUCUGUCUUUACAGUGGAAGGGGGUCAAAGAGCAAUAUUCUUCAACCGCAUUGGUGGAGUUCAGCAGGAUACAAUUCUUUCAGAGGGACUUCAUUUCAGAAUUCCUUGGUUCCAGUAUCCAAUAAUUUAUGAUAUUCGAGCCCGGCCCCGCAAAAUUUCUUCACCAACAGGGUCCAAAGAUCUGCAGAUGGUGAAUAUUUCCUUGCGUGUUCUAUCAAGACCCAAUGCUGCAGAAUUGCCCAGCUUAUAUCAGCGACUUGGACUAGACUAUGAAGAACGGGUUCUUCCUUCCAUUGUGAAUGAAGUACUCAAAAGUGUGGUAGCAAAGUUUAAUGCGUCACAGCUCAUUACCCAACGAGCUCAGGUAUCUUUGCUUAUUCGACGGGACCUGACAGAGCGAGCAAAGGAUUUUAGCCUUAUAUUGGAUGAUGUAGCUAUCACAGAAUUGAGUUUUAGCCGAGAAUACACAGCAGCAGUUGAAGCCAAGCAAGUGGCCCAACAGGAGGCUCAGAGAGCACAAUUCCUUGUGGAAAAAGCAAAGCAAGAACAAAGGCAGAAGAUUGUUCAGGCUGAAGGUGAAGCCACAGCUGCUAAAAUGAUUGGAGAAGCCCUCAGCAAGAACCCAGGUUACAUCAAGCUGCGCAAGAUCCGUGCUGCCCAGAAUAUCUCCAAAACGAUUGCAUCGUCUCAAAACCGUGUGUAUCUUACAGCUGACAAUUUAGUGCUUAAUCUACAGGAUGAAGGUUUUACAAGAGGAAGCGACAGUCUUCUCAUCAAACAAAAGUAACGAACAAGUAAUUCAAGUAAUGAAACAUUGAUUGCCUCCUUGAACCAUGCAGAUGACUGACAGAAUGAGAAUUCUGGGCUUUUGGAUACUGUACCUUUGAGGCCCAUAAAUAUUCUCUUGGGAUUUCUUUUUAGUUGUCAUCCUCACCCUUGUCAACUUCCCAACUCAUCCCUCCCUGAAGGACCUUUUCUAGCUAAUAUGGCCCCAUUUUUCUGAGAAUAUCAACAAUAGGAAGCGGCAUUAUUGAAUGGCGUUCCCUUAGAUACUUAAUCCCAUCCUGAUGGAUCAGAUGUUUAGAUGGGAGAAACAAAGAGGGUUGCGUUUUGCAAUUUUCUCUUAUCCAGGCUGAUUUUUUUAAGUAGAUCAAAUUAUUGCUGUUAAGUUUCUGAUGGGUCUGUGUCAUGCCUUAUAUAUAAAAAAUCCCUGGCUCUUCCAUUUUUCAUUUCUGACUUACUUUUCCAUUCCUUGUUCCCUAUUGAACAUCUCAUCUCAGGAAUAGAUGGGUCACAGGACUUUUGCAAGUGCUGUGAUACUUCAUCUAUGUAACUUCGGUUGCCUUGUGAUUCACAUCUUUAUCAAAUAAAAUCAGGUCCAAAAUUCAUUCUGA